AUGCUUGUCUUCAUCUUCCUUUUCUCUGUUUUUACCGCUUGCCCGGCUGGCAAUUCUCCGCUGCAGAAAGAAGGAUGCAAAAAUGGGUUUAAUCGCAGGAGAAGACAACAGAACUCAUCUGCCUGCCCGGAAGGUUUCUUCUGCCCAGCUGGCAGUAGCUCCCCCAUUCCGUGUCCGGAAGGCACCUUCCGUUCUGCAGGAUUGUCUUCUUCUCUCACCUGCCUGGCCUGUCCGGUGAAUUUCUUCAGUGCUAAAGUGGGCCAGGUCGCUUGCUUGCCGUGUGGCUCGGAGGCCGUGCAACCCAAAGAAGGGCAAAACACCUGUGUGUGUCUUCGGCAAGGCGGUGUUUUUCAGCCCAGCGAUGCUCAGUGCCCCUGUGCUCCUGGGUAUCGAAGCCUCCGAGAAGACAGGCGGUGGGAUUGCGUCAAAGAAACCUAUGAUAUUUGUAGAGACGAUGCUGUCCGGAACCAAGAUGGCCGGUGCUUAACUAAGGAAGAGUGGGCUCACUACUGUUCAGACCAGGUUUGUGACAUCCCCCAACACUAUCAAGGUUAUGAUAAAGUUCUUGGGCUUUGCCUUUGUCAAGUGGGCAGUCUGGACAAGACGUGUGGUCUCCGGUGCCGACGACAGCAGAGAGGUGUUUUGAAAUUCUUUUGUGAAGACAACCGAGCCCGACUUUCCGUCAUGUACAAAAAUGGCAGCCAGGUUGAUAUUUUUUGGGAAGAGCUAGCAGCUUCUUUGCAAGGACUCAGCUUCCAUGCUCAAAAUCUCUGUGCCUCAGAGACCCAAGAGCUCCAGCCGGUCCACAUGGUAAAGACAAAUGGAAGAGGAUUUAUAGGUGUGAACGAUCCUGAACCAGAAAUACUACAACAUCUCUUUGCAACACAAAGCCAGAUCCCAUCAGCUUCCCGAAAUGAAUUGUGGGCUGCAAAGUCCUGGGAUAUUUCAGGGACUUCUGCCAAAGAUGGUUUUCGAUUUUCCCAGCCAGAACCUGCCAACGCUACACCGACGAGCACGUUAACUGGCAUCCUUAACCCAACGGUGUGCCUCCAAAUGCACGAGAUGCUCAUAUUCUUUGUUUCUAAAGAGCAUUACCCUGUUUAUGAUGUUUCUACAAUCCCGGCACUUACGUCUUGAGACUGAGUAGCAAUCAACACAAAAAGAUGGUGGGUUUUGGGUCCCAACAGGUUGACUUUCAAGACAGGGCCAACACUUAGAAUGAGUGUCCUGUGAAGGGGCAGGAGAUUUAUCAAGUGGGAUCAUGGAUCCAUUCUUCUCUCAUAUGGUUUUGAUCAGCAGCCUUCACCAUGGACCUCUUAAGGGAUGUGUAUAAUUUUUAAUUUACUUACUUUGAGACCAAAACCAUUACAAGGUAA